AUGCGCGCACCAACGCGCCUCACUUCGGAAAGGUCAUCUGCGUCUGUCACAACCGGCUACGAUGGCAUGAUGAUCAACACCUCCCAGCAGAUGGACAAAUGGAAUGAGUACUUCCCAGAGACCCAGAGCGACAACAAGCCGGGUAUUCUGAUCAACAUGUUCAAUAUCGGUUCCAUUAUUGCCUACUUCGUUUCACCUCAUAUGGCGGAUAAUCUGGGCAGGAAGGCGACCAUUAUGAUUGGGAAAUUUGCCAUCCUUAAGGACAAGUCGGAGCUGGUGCUCGAAAUCCUGGCGAAGCACCACGGCGGCGGCGAUACUAACAAAGCCACUAUACAGUUCCAAUAUCGCGAGGCAAAUGAUACCAUCCAGUUGACCGCCGGCAGAGCCGUCUUCGAUCUCAUCGUCUCCAUCAGCGCCGCAUUCACCGUCGACAAAAUCGGUCGUCGCCCUCUGUUCCUCACUGCCAUCACCGGCAUGGUCGUCUCCUUCAUCUGCUGGACCAUUGUCGGCGCCGUCAACGAAAAUUCCGGCGUUCCAUCUCUGCCCACACCCGACUCGGCGAACAGCGGUGGCGUCACAUAUACCAACGCGUCCUCUGGUUUCGCCCAGAUCGUGUUUGCGUGGCUCUGGGGCAUCUUCUACGACAUUGGCUUCUCCGGCCUCCUCGUCGCAUACACUCUGGAGAUUCCACCCUUCCAUCUUCGCGCCAAGGGUGUGACUAAUAUGAACAUUACUGUACAUGCUGUUCUGGCCGUUGAAAUCCAAACCAACAAGAUUGCGUGGAACAAUCUCCCCCGCCACUGGAAUUUCAUGCUGUUCUACACCAUCUGGGACUUUUGUGCACUCAUAUUUGUGUUCUUCUUCUAUGUGGAGACCAAGGGCCUUGUUCCUAGCCAGGAGUUUGGAGUUGGAGGUUGA